AUGAAACGAAGAGUUGAUUACAUUUUUCAAAUGCUACCAUCGGACCGAAGAAACGAGCAUAAUGAAAAAGAAAACGAUGGAUUUAUAGCAAAUUCGCAGCAAAACAAGUAUCAUGAAUUACAAAUUACUCAAACUAAUCAGCUAACUGACGUUGAGAUGAAGAAUCUUCAAUCAGAUGAAAGUUUAUCUUUUAUUGAAAACACACCGGAAAAAGAAACAAAGAAUACACGAACACUUAAUAACAACCCAAUAGAGUUGCCGAAGAUGGGUUACAAUGAGAUGAAUGCUGAUCAAGCUUCUAAUAGUCCAAAACUUCUUAACUGCUCUGAAAAUUUGACUGAGGUAGUAUAUAGGAUCAUUUAA